AUGGUAGAAGAAGAGCUGGGUGAAGCCUCCACUUCUGCCCAAUCCAUCUCCGAAGGAAAGGGGAGGAUAAACACAGAGCAAACAAUAGAACAAGUCAAUGAGUGGAACAGAACAAACAAACAAACAGCAAAGCUCCUCUCGACCAAACUGACAGAAGAGCCUCGAG